ACAGGGGUCAUUAUAGAUAGAUGAAAUAGAAGGCAAGAGCUUAACCCCCUCGGAAGGGUUUUAGAAUAUAGAAUAGAAAUCCGUUCACCGCUUCAGGCUGCUCUUCGCGAUCGUCAAUGGCGUCUCUCAUCUCCAGGAACGCGAGGAGUCUCCGGCUUCUGCACCGGUGUCUCCGUCCUCCGGCCAGAUCGGUCUCUCCCUUGGCGCCGCUGCCGGAGCGGUCCCUCUCGCCACUUCACUCGCUCACGCCUCUUGGACUUGGAGUCCAGACCUUGGAGUUUCACCAAAGGUGUCUCUACCUGAGUACCAGCACUGCUGCAGGUAACAGUGCGGCAAAUGCAGAAGCAAAAACCGACGCAGAGGCUGAAUCGGCUGGACAAGGGAAGUCGGAAGGGUCCAAUCAAGGGGCUGCGGCGAAGUUAGAAGCAAAAACGGAUGCAGAGGCUAAAUCCGCCGGAGAAGGGAAGUCGGAAGGGUCUGAUCAAGGCACCUAUGGAAAACCUGUUCGUGGAGGGCCUGUGUCGUGGCUGAGUUUUCUCUUCCUGGUUGCCACUGGAGCUGGAUUGGUAUACUAUUACGACAAAGAAAAGAAGCAACGCAUUGAAGAAAUAAGUAACAAAUCACAAGCGGUAAAGGAGGGCCCUUCUGCUGGAAAAGCUGCUAUUGGUGGUCCUUUUAGUCUUGUCAACGAUGAAGGCAAGCGUGUAACUGAGCGGAGUCUUCUUGGAAAGUGGACAUUGAUUUAUUUCGGCUUCACUCAUUGCCCUGAUAUCUGCCCGGAUGAGCUACAGAAGUUAGCUGCUGCAGUUGAUAAAAUUAAGGAAAAAGCUGGGAUCGAGAUUGUGCCUGUCUUCAUUUCUGUUGACCCCGAAAGAGAUACUGUGGAGCAAGUACAUGAAUAUGUCAAAGAGUUCCAUCCAAAGUUAAUUGGGUUGACCGGUACCCCUGACGAGAUAAAAAAGGUUGCUCGGGCAUAUCGAGUCUAUUACAUGAAGACUGCUGAGGAGGACUCUGAUUAUCUUGUUGAUCAUUCCAUAGUCAUGUAUUUGAUGGAUCCCAACAUGGGCUUUGUGAAAUUCUUUGGGAAGAAUAACGACGUUGAUACCCUGACUGAUGGCAUAAUUAACGAGAUAAAGCGUAACAAAUCCUUCACAUCAGCUGGAGCUUGAAGCCUCUUGUUUUGUUUCGUAUGUCCGAGUCUGCCUGAACUUUGCUUGCCUUUCAGGCAUAAAUUUUUUCCAUUUGAACUCCUAGGCAUCUCAUUGGCUUCAAGUUCGACAGAGCUAUUACAAGCAAUUUAGAACUUGAAAUCUUCUGUUUCCUUCAAUGUUUGCCGGAAGGGAGUCGGUGUACUUGAGGACAAGAGAUGAUCUUGAACUUUUGGUAUUCUCUUUCUACAAUUUGUUCUAAUAUUUAAUAAGAGCCGAAGUCCCCGAGCCUUUUACCUGAACUUAGGUAGAAAAGUUAUGUUCACUGAGUUGUUCCUUCUUGGUAUCGAACAACUCCGAGGCUUGCUGUAAUGUGACUUAUUAUUGUUUGGAGAUCAGGCGCGAAUUCAUCGAUGUUGUUCCUGUGAUCGUGAUUGGACAU